AAUGAGAGAGCGCAUUUGUGGUUUAAGGUCGGUUAUAUUUGAAACAAGUGAGCUACGAUAUUUUAACAUUUGCAAACGCGACGCUGGUAUCAAGAAUACAUCUCGCUUGUUCAAACCACCAUUGUGCCAAGUCUUAUGUUUCAAUCAUUAUGAUUGACUCCCACAUCAAUCUAGUCAUCCAGCUAACCGUCAAACGUACAAUUAUUGUGCUUCCGCUAGAAAUAUGACGAAUUUUCUAACAGUAUAUAAUCGAAGAGCGGUGAAGGAUGAUAGGAUGCGGCUUGGCUGAACGAUAUUGAUGACCAAGAUCUUGAUACUCUACACGAUCAUAUCCGAUGUCAAUGAGAUCCAAGUUCUCAGUUAUGGUGUCUAGUGGUGGCAGAACGCCUAAAACUACAUAUCCUUCAUAUGGCCUGGAAGAAUAUCUACGACAACCACCAGCGUCCACGAUCGAGAGAGUAAUUAGCAACCAGAAACCAGCAACGCCGAGGGAUAGGGAGAAGGAAGUAAAAACUGAGCUUGAGUCUUGGACUAGUAGUUUUGAAAAAGCGGGACAAUCGAGGCACAAUGAUCAAGGAAGUGGCCAAUGAAUAUAAUUGACUACUAUGAAGCACACUUGUCCAAGUAGCAUACUCUGGUGUGUAGAAGCUGAAUUAGAAUCAUGAUUUGCGUACUAAAGUACGGUUUAUACCUUAGUAGUGAGAGAUUUUA